UAUCCACAAGUUUUUUGAAAAGCUCGAUCAAACAGGAGGCAACUGGAUCUAUGAUAGAAGAGUAGCUUUAGAACCUGCAAAUCAAAACAAAUAGUUGAAUGACUCAUUCGUUUUUCCUGUUUUUCAAAGAAGAGGUUUAGUGCUAGAAAAUAUUAAAAUUGUUGUGUUUUAAUCCUCUAAAUUAAGAAAAAAUGUCUUUAAACACAGCACAUGCUAAUAAUGGAGUGCUGAUCCACGCUGGAGAAGGCAUUCUAAUAUUUUGUGACAAAGUGACGAUCGAGUUUUCUGGUCAGGAUAAUGCGGUUUUCAAAGGUACCAAGCAAGGUCGUGUCUAUCUUACCACACACCGGAUGAUAUUCAACAACAAACAUGCGAGCGACGAUAUGCAAUCAUUUAGCUUUCCUUUUGUCACUCUAAACGAUGUUCAACUUGAGCAACCUGUUUUUGGAGCUAACUACAUUAAAGGCAAGGUUCGGGCUCAGGAAAAUGGUAAUUGGACUGGAGAAGCUAAAUUUAAGCUGGUGUUUAAGAACGGAGGAGCUAUUGACUUUGGACAGGCGAUGCUAAGAGCAGCGGCAAUUGCUCAACGCAACGCAGGUACGGCUCCUCCUCCACCAUACACACCACCAGGAGGCGGAUGGUAUGCUGCACCACCACCGGCUUACACUCCAAAUCCUUACAAUUAUGGAUGGGUUCCAAGUGCGACCGUUUUUCCUGAUCAACCAGCACCAAAUUCAAUCUAUAUGCACGACAGUCCACCGCCAUAUCCUGGCAUUAUUGCUAAUAAUCCACAACCGUAUCCAUACCAAGGCUAUCCCCAACAGAACGGUUAUUCGUAUCCGCCACAGCAACCUGGUUACCAGGCACAAAAUGGAGCGCAAGGUUAUGGUCCACCGCAGCAAUCGGGCUAUCCGGCACAGGGUUAUGGUUUUGUUAAUUUGCCACCAGUUUCGGAUGGUACUAACGGAGCUGUGGGUUUCAACCAGCAGCAGAGAUCAGCAAACUCGAAAGAAGCUGAGGCAGCUCAGAGCGCCUAUUAUGAUCCAAAUAAUCCACAAACCGCCUAUGUGCCACCGCAAGCAUACUAUGAACCACCACCAAGUUACAGUUCUUUGAAUAAAAAGGAGCAGUAAAUGGAAAGAACCAAUUUUUAUCGAAACUAUUAUAAUAGAGUUAUUUUUCAUUCCUGCACGCUACUGGUUAUAAAUUGUUGGUAAUAUAUUGCAGUUUAAAUCUAAAUAUGUAUCUAAAUAAAUUAGCUAUAUGAUUUAAAAUAAAAUAAAUUUUCUAUGCUGUUCGUGAGCAA